GUUGACGUGACGUGUUGAAAUAUCUAUGUUCAUACAGUUUAUAACAUAGACGUAAAUUAAAUUUCCUACUCAUUUUAAUUAACAUUAGAAAUGAGUGCUAGUUAUUGUUACUACCAUUUCAGUUAAUUAUUGAAUUCUAUUUUUUUCUCAAUAAGUUUUGUUGAAAUUGGUCAUCUAAAUAACGUUGAACUUGAUGAGUCAAUAUUUGUGCCACGAAACCCGUAAAAUAACAUAGUAUUAAAGUACAAUGUGCAGAUAGUGAAAUUAAUUUUUCUAUAAGUUUAAGGGAUAUAAUUAAAAUUAUAAAUUAACAUUUUUUGCGUUGUAAUAUUGUGUAUUUACGCCGUCGUGGUUUUAGCCUACCAGUAAUUUUUUAACCACAUGACUCAUAUGAUUCAAAGGCUAGUUAUUUACACUAUCAAUAGCAUUACGUCGUAAGCGGCGUCGGAGUGAUCUAAGAACUAAGAAAGGAUUUAAAAUUCAACUGCAAAGGUGUUAAACACCACGCGGUUUUAAAAAUGUCAUUUUUUGGAGUCAACGUCAACCCUUUUUCGACCCCCGUCGGUCAAAAAAUAGAGCAAGCCACAGAAAGUAGUUUACCUAGUGAAAACUGGGCUCUUAAUAUGGAAAUAUGUGAUAUAAUAAAUGAAACAGAGGAUGGUCCAAGAGAUGCAAUAAAGGCAAUUAAAAGACGUUUGAGCCAGGCUGCUGGAAAAAAUUAUACAGUAGUUUUGUAUACUUUAACGGUACUGGAAACUUGCGUAAAAAAUUGUGGUAAACGCUUCCACAGUUUAGCUUGUUCACGUGAAUUUGUAUUAGAACUCGUAAAAAUGAUAGGACCAAAAAAUGAACCACCAACAGCUGUUCAAGAAAAAGUAUUGAGUUUAAUACAAACAUGGGCUGAUACGUUCCGCCAUCAACCACACACCCAAGGUGUUGUUCAAGUUUAUCAAGAGCUUAAAGCAAAAGGAAUGCAGUUCCCUAUGAUUGAUUUAGACACAAUGGCGCCUAUAAUAACACCAGAACGGAGCGUGCCUGAAGUUACGAACAAUGUAGUUCAUGCUAUUGGUAGUGACCAUACUAAUGUCGAUGGAUGUGAAUCAGGAAUGGUAACAGCUGCUCAGCAGCAGCAAAUAACACAAGUUCAAGCCCAACCAAUACAACUAUCAGAUCAACUUCUUGCAAAGCUUCAAAGUGAACUUGAAGUAGUUCAAGGAAAUAUGCGUGUACUCUCAGAAUCUCUCCACUAUUGCACAAGUUUAGAACAACAAGUACAAAAAAGUCAAUCAGGAGAUUCUCGUCCAGAUCCAGCAGAUUUGGAACUUAUGCACCAACUUUAUUUUACUUGCAAAGCAAUGCAAGAACGUGUUGUUGAUCUUAUUGGAAAACUUGUACAUGAUGAAAUGACUGCUGAAUUAUUGCGUAUCAAUGAUGAAUUGAACAAUUUAUUUCUUAGAUAUUCGCGCUACACUAAGAAUAAAACUGCUGCACCAGCGAGUGCAAUACUUGCCCAAACGAUAGGGCAUCUGCCUAAUGAAGCUUCUGGAAAUACUUCCAAUGGACGGACCGAAAAAUCGCUAAUAGAUCUUGAAGAAGACUCAGUUGAUACUCUUCAACAUCCAAUGUCUGGAAUGAGCAUUGCUGAUGUUGAUAGCCAUAGUAAAACAGUCGUACAUCCAAAUAAACAUGAUGAAUUAUUGGAAAGUGAUGAGUUUGAUAUGUUUGCACAGUCUCGAAAUGCUACUUAUGAAAGUACAAAAAACAGUGGAAGUAAAUACGAAGACAAUAUUGAAAAUUUGAGUAAUACCAGCAGUCUUAGUACAGCAAUUUUAAAUCGUGGCUCUAAUUCACAAUCAAUAGCUGGAGAUGGUUCUAUAAAUACGAGGAAUCCAAUGCCAAAUCGAGAAUCAGAAUUCAACGAAAUGGCUGCAUGGCUCGAUAGUACGACUGCAAAAGAACAUGGUGAUCAAGAAUCUUUAACAUCUUCGGAAUUUGAAAGAUUUCUUGCAGAACGUGCGGCUGCAGCAGAAGCUUUGCCUAAUUUACCUACUGUUACAACAACAUCAAGUACAACAUCUACUGGAAAUACGAACAUUCAACGACAAAUUAACAAAGAUCAAGAUAAAUCACUCUUUGCCCUCUGAAUCAAUUAUUUUAUUAAUUUGUAUUAUCAAAAACAGUCAACUUAUAAUGAUAUAAUUAUGGCUUAUAAUAUUACAGGAAAAUAUUGUACUAACGGUAAAAUUCUAAGAUGAUAUAGUUAGAUUUGCUGCUUUGCUUUUACGUACUUAUUAUUGAUAAAUUAAUACAUGAGUCAAAAAGUACAUAUGGCAGACCGAAAGUUUGAUUAUCAAAAAAAAAAAAA